AUGUUCAACAUGCCACCUGAAAUCGUUAUUGCCACUCAGAGUCAGCACCAAAUCUACAGGGACACCAGAAGUGGUCAACAUCCACAGACGGGGAUAUCUCCCACCUCGAUCGUGGACGUUCUGUUCCACAAGAGCAAGAUGUCGCCUCGAUGGAACGUCGGUGUCAUUGACUCCGAAAUAACACAGACUAUGGGAACCCGAGAAUCAGUGACAAGACAAAGUGUCUUCCACAUCAUGAAUGUAGAUGCCAAAGGGGUCGAGAGCCUCAGGGCCCACUCGGAUCUACCCACAGGUAAGACGGGGGCGGUAUUGUGGGGUAGUGAGCGGCAGCUGGUGAAACCAGCUCUGAAUGCAACUUCUCAAACCGAGCCCGGCCCUAAGGGCCAUUUAUUCGAAGCCUACAAGGAAAUCAGUAUCAUGCUAUAUGUUGGCUACUUUGAGGCUCUUCCUCUCAAGCGUCAAUCGAACCACGUUGAAGGCCUGCGUGGCCGAGGCCAUUGA